UGGGAAGGGGUUUGGUACAGUUCAUUUUCAUGAAGAACUAAGAGCGAUAUCGUCCUAUUAAAUUGUCCUAUCUUGCAAAUUGUUAACGUUUCGGAGCUGUUUAAUUUCCCUAUAUUGGAAUGGAAUAGCAUCAGGGUAGCCAUUUUUAUUCAUGCGGUAUUUCCCAUGUACACUUUGUUUCGAGUGUGAGGAGUUACGUUACAAUAGCAUGCGGAAUGUUUGAAAGUCAAGAUACAGAGGAUCCUACUUGUGUAAUUAAGAUGUUGGAUGAGUUCAGGCAGUGUAACCCGACAGUGAAUCGUCCUAACUUCAUUGACAUGGCGGUAGUACCAACAAUAUUACAGUUUGACGAUUGUGUUGUAUCUCAUGACAGUAAAAAACGGAAACAUACUGACAGUAAUGUUUCCGUCGAUACUGCUGAAGAUUCAAAUAUUUCUGUGUUGGCUUCACCAUGGGAAACAAGGCGAAUGAAGGCAGAAUUAGCAGAAGCAAAAGCCCUGAAUGCCAGUCUCGAGGAACGAAUAAAAAAAUUGCAUUCUGUCAGGAUGGAGCUGGAAUUAGUGUUUGACAAUGAGAAAACAAGCUUUUUAAAGCAACGGGAGCGGGACAGAGAAAUAAUCAGGAUGUUGGAAGGUCAGAUUGCUACUUUACGUAAGCGAGAGGUAGAGAGUAGAGAUGAAUUCUCUCAGUAUAGACAGUCCACUGAAUCUAGUAAAUGUAAGCUUGAGAAGAAGAUCCUUCGACUUCAGGAAGAAUAUACUCAUUUGGAUGACCGGUUUAAACAGGUAGAGCUUACCCAUAAGAAAUGUGCAGCUGGAGUACGCCGAAUAUCAGAAUUGGAGGGGGAGUUAAAACUUUCUAAUGAAGAGGUAGCAUCACUCAAAGACCACAUCAAAUUACUUGAGGAGAAAGUAGUCGAUGUUUCAAACCUGAAAUAUCAAUUGGAACUUGUUGAACACUGCUGUACUCAGGCUCAACAAAAGAUUAAGGAGCUGAAACUUGAGCAGGACAAAGGGGAAGAGACAAGAGAACUGCUUGAAAAACAGCAUCAUAAUCUCAUGCGACUUCCUGACCUGGAGCGUGAGGUGGCUUCACUCCGAGACGAGAAUAGGAACCUUAGAGAUGCGGUCCGCAACAAGCUUGUACUGGAGGAAGAAGUUGUAGAUCUUCGAUCACGCCAGGCAGGGUUUGAGCUACGGGAACAGAAAUUAGCGCAGCUUGAUGCCUCUCAGGGACACUUGGAGUCUAUGCUUGAACACUGGCGACAACUUGCUCGUGAUCACUGCCUUGGAGUUCCACCAGAGAAAGCCAUGGCAGGUCCAGAAUUCCUUAGGAUGAGGAUUGAAACUUUGCAGCAGAAGGAACUUCAACUCACUGCAGACUUAGGAGACCUUGGCAUUCGGCUGAAGACAGCCCAACAAGCCAAAUCCAAAGUUGAGAUGGAGCUGGAUAAAGCAACAAAGCAGAUAGAGAGAUUGCAAGUUACAAAUGAUGACCAGAGUAAGCUUAUCAAGCGCCUACAGAAGAGGCUGCUGUUAGUCUCACGUGAGAGGGACAGUUAUCGGUCACAAUUGGAUAUGUAUGAGAAGGAACUGACCGUGACUUCUUCAUCAGCAUUGUUGAAUUCACAGCAGCAGCAACAGAGGUCUCGAGUAGAAGCAUUGGAAAAGACAGUUGAUGGAUACCGUGACCUGGUUAUGAAAUUGGAGGCAGAUCUUGAAAAAGCAGUGAAAGGUUCAGGAGGUAUUCAGUUCAGUGAGAGAAUCUACAAGUUGGAAGAAGAGAGAAACACGCUGCAGCAAGAAAAGGAACAGCUGAUGAAACGUAGGGAUGAGCUGGAGGUGGAGCUGGAAUACAGGGCCCUUAAGGGUGAUUUCAAUCCCAUGAAGUCCAAAGUUUUGCACAUUAGGAUGAAUCCUGCAGCAACAGUAGAAGCACAGCGUGAGGACAAGUUGACACACCUACAGCAGGAGUGUAAUAGGCUUCAAGAGAGGGUACGAGUGCUGGAGGGGGGACAGAUGCAAGAUGUGACACAGGAAGUUAAUUUGCGCCUUGCUGCUUCCAGCACACAAGAAGUUCAAGAGUUACAAGAACAAGUCAAGUCUUAUGAAACAAAGCUACAGAGGCUGAAAGAAGCUUUCAAAACUACAAGCCAGGAAUACCGAGAAGUUUGCUACAUGCUGCUUGGAUACAAGAUUGAUCGCAUCAAAUCCAGUCUCUACCGUCUCUCAAGCAUGUAUGCUGAGUCUCAGGAUGACUACCUAUUGUUUAAGCUUGCAGAUGGCAACCCAGAGUUGCUUGAGACACCAUACUCUGCCACACUUGAACAAUUUAUCAAUCUGCAUUUGAAGCACCAACAUUCAAUUCCUGUGUUUCUGAGUGCCAUCACAAUUGACCUGUUUGGUCAUCAAACAGAAUAGCUCAACUGAUGAACAGCAGGAACUGCGUCAUGUGGUCAUCUGCGGUAUAGUCGAAGCUGAUCCUCCAGUUCUUCCAUAGAAUUUACGUGGAACUUGUCCUCUUGUUCCUUCAGCAACUGAAAAAUGGCUUCCAGUUGUUUCCUCUCUGUCCUGCAAGAGUUCAGCCAGAAUAUGAAUACAUAUUAGAUUUUGAUAAUUUAUGAAGAUUGCGUCUACUCUUAGAAGCAGUUCUGUAUACAGAAUGCCCAGAACGUCUGGAACCAAAGAAAAACAUUUUAUUUUGUAGUAUUUUCUUCAAUAUUUCCACCAUCUGCAUUUCAAGGCAUGUUUGCAGAUGUCACAACAUGUUCUUUUGAAUUCUUAGCAUGUCUGCAUUGACAGACUUCCAUACUUCUUUAGCUUCAAUAUUAAUUAUAACUUUGCAAACCUGCUAUGAUAAUUUAAAUGCCUACUUCUAAAGUGGUAGAAUGACCCACAGCUAAUUUCUUUAAAAUUUUUCAACAUUUCUAGUCUUGGGUUCUUUCAGGGUGACUUUCAUUACAUUCAUCUAAUAUUUGUUUGUGGUUUCAGCUGUCAUUCAUACAGAAGUGAAUAACAAAAUACAUUUUUCUAAUGAUGCAGAGAUUGUUCAACAAUGCCUUAAUACAAAAACUAGGUACUGGUUCCAGGCUUUUUGAACAUUCUAUAUGUUGGUGGCAUAUUCUGCCUAUCAGAGAUUCUCUAGAACCCCUCCAGCCAUUUUUUCAGGAUUCAUAUUAUACAGUCCAUCUAUGUGAGAAACUUUAAAAGGGGGCCAUAUGACAAGAUAUAAAAUAAAUUAUCAAUAAGGAGGUUACUAACAAAAUGGAGUGAUUAAGUGGGGAAUGGGGAUGGUGUAAUAAAUGAGUGGAUACAGAUAAGCAGUGGUACUUACAGGAGGGUAGAGAAUAGGAACAUCUUUUGUCAUAAGAUAGCUGACACUAGUGGAAUGGAUAACAGUGAUGUUAGGUUAGUAAGCCCAAGAAUCAGUUGGUGUGAGGCUGGAACAUGCUUUGAAUCUAACCUUGAAUUAAUAGUUAAUGUUGAUAAUGUAUAUUGUUUGGGAAAUCUUACUUCUUGUUACAUGGUGCCAUUACACUGAUUUUGCAAUGUCUCUGGUCAAAAACCAUGACCCAUAUGCAUGGUUUUAUUAAAAAUUUGGCCAAUGAUUUUUUCAUACUCUUCUUCUAGAUUGAGUACUUAUUCUGAAGAAUUGUUUUAUGAUGACAAUGCUUCUUUCACAGAAAUAUAAGUAGAUGUAAUUUUGUUUAUUUUCACACAGAUAGAAGUUAAUUCUUUACAAGGGACUGAGACUUACAGCAACACAUUUUGUGACUUCAUGGUGGAAGAGACAACUUCCAUGUGUAUGAAGCCAGCAAUUGCCUUCUGUUGAGGUCAAGGAGGUAAAAUCAGUGCUACCUAUAUUUUCUGAACUGUUCUAAUGUAACAUUAUUUAUGCCAGUAUUUUAUUAGAAUACUGAUUUCUGAGCUGGCACAACUGUCAGUAUAGUAACUGGCUACAGACUGGGCAACCAGGGUUCGAUCCCGAAUGGGGGCAGAGGACUUUUCCUCUAGCCUCUGUGUCCAGACUGAUUCUGGGACCCACCCAGCCUCCUAUCCAAUGGGUACUGGGGACAUUUUCUGGGGGUAAAGGAUGGCUGGGGCGUGAUGCUGACCACUCAUCCCCAUCUAGUGCCGAGGUCAAGAAUGAGUAGGAGCUAUACCCCCUAUCUCCCCCUCCCCAAGUGCCUACAUGGUGUAUAGUGGGACAGCUUUGCUUUGCUUUUACUGAUUUCAUGUUUCACCCUUUGUUAUGAGAGUUGAAUCAUUAAGCCUUGACCUCUGUUAUAAAUCUGGGAAUCAUUUCCCAGGAAACUCAAGUUGUGGUCCAUCUUUGGGGGUGGCAGUAUAAAACUCCUGAAUGACAGGCAGAGAUAAGCAGUGCAAACAAAUAUUCAUGCCCUGGGUUCGAGCUGAACCUGCAAUCCCAGUAGCCACUGGGCCUAAGAUCAUGCAAUCUUCAAGCUAUGUGGGCAGUGGGAAGUGGGAAUGGCCUAUAAUGCACUUAACAAUGUUAUUUUUAAGCUCAGUAUUUUGAGAUCUUUGGAAUUCUUAGUGAGUAAAUAGAGAUGUGAAA